CACCGGGCGGGCGGGCGGGCGGGCAGUGGGCACUUUGUGGGGCGGUGCUCGCCUCUGCUGCAGCGCCGGGCUUGAGCGCGAGCGCGGGCGGAGGGCCCCUUCGGAAGAAAGGAGGAUGGCGUUCAGCAAGGGGUUCCGGAUCUAUCACAAGCUGGACCCGCCGCCCUUCAGCCUCAUCGUGGAAACCCGGCACAAGGAGGAAUGUCUCAUGUUCGAGUCCGGGGCUGUGGCUGUGCUCUCAUCAGCAGAAAAAGAGGCAAUCAAGAGUACAUACUCCAAGGUACUGGAUGCAUAUGGACUCCUUGGUGUUUUGCGAUUAAAUCUUGGUGAUACCAUGCUACAUUACCUGGUCCUAGUCACUGGAUGUAUGUCAGUUGGAAAGAUUCAAGACUCAGAAGUGUUCAGAGUCACUUCUACUGAAUUUAUAUCACUCCGAGUUGAUUCUUCAGAUGAGGAUCGGAUUUCAGAAGUGCGAAAAGUUUUAAAUUCAGGAAAUUUCUAUUUCGCUUGGUCUGCAUCUGGAGUCAGUUUAGAUCUGAGUCUUAAUGCCCACCGCAGCAUGCAAGAGCACACCACGGAUAAUAGAUUCUUCUGGAAUCAGUCUUUGCACUUGCAUCUCAAGCACUAUGGUGUGAAUUGUGACGACUGGUUGUUACGCCUCAUGUGUGGUGGAGUAGAAAUCAGAACCAUCUAUGCUGCGCACAAACAGGCCAAGGCUUGCCUCAUUUCCAGACUCAGCUGUGAGCGAGCUGGGACCAGGUUCAAUGUCCGGGGAACCAAUGAUGAUGGACACGUCGCUAAUUUUGUAGAGACAGAACAGGUUGUGUACUUGGAUGACUCUGUUUCUUCCUUCAUACAAAUCCGGGGAUCCGUUCCAUUGUUCUGGGAGCAGCCAGGCUUGCAGGUGGGAUCUCAUCGUGUCCGUAUGUCAAGGGGAUUUGAAGCCAAUGCACCUGCUUUUGAUCGGCACUUUAGAACUCUUAAGAAUUUAUAUGGCAAACAGAUAAUAGUAAAUUUGCUUGGAUCUAAGGAAGGUGAACAUAUGCUAAGUAAAGCUUUCCAAAGUCACUUGAAAGCUUCUGAACAUGCUGCUGAUAUCCAGAUGGUGAAUUUUGACUAUCAUCAAAUGGUGAAAGGAGGAAAGGCAGAAAAAUUACAUAGUAUUCUUAAGCCUCAAGUGCAGAAGUUUUUAGAUUAUGGAUUUUUUUACUUCAAUGGAAGUGAUGUUCAAAGAUGCCAGAGUGGUACUGUGCGGACCAACUGCUUGGAUUGCCUUGAUAGAACAAACAGUGUGCAAGCUUUUUUUGGCUUAGAGAUGCUAGCUAGACAGUUGGAAGCUUUGGGCUUAGCCGAAAAGCCUCAACUGGUGACUCGCUUUCAAGAAGUUUUUCGGUCCAUGUGGUCUGUGAAUGGUGACUCGAUCAGUAAGAUCUACGCGGGCACUGGUGCUCUGGAAGGAAAGGCAAAGGCUGGCAAGUUAAAAGAUGGUGCUCGUUCUGUGACUAGAACGAUUCAGAAUAACUUCUUCGACAGCUCCAAGCAAGAGGCCAUUGAUGUUUUGCUCCUGGGAAAUACUCUAAACAGUGACUUAGCUGACAAAGCUCGGGCACUUUUAACUACUGGAAGUUUGCGUGUUUCUGAGCAGACAUUACAGUCAGCAUCUUCUAAAGUUCUAAAGAGCAUGUGUGAAAAUUUCUACAAAUAUUCGAAGCCCAAGAAAAUCCGAGUGUGUGUUGGCACCUGGAAUGUGAACGGCGGGAAGCAGUUUCGCAGCAUCGCUUUUAAGAAUCAGACGCUCACUGACUGGCUUCUGGAUGCUCCCAAGCUGGCUGGCAUCCAGGAGUUCCAAGACAAAAGAAGUAAGCCAACUGAUAUAUUUGCAAUCGGCUUUGAAGAAAUGGUGGAGUUGAAUGCUGGAAACAUUGUGAAUGCAAGCACCACAAAUCAGAAGCUCUGGGCUGUGGAACUCCAGAAGACCAUCUCUAGGGACAACAAGUAUGUGCUACUGGCCUCGGAGCAGUUGGUAGGCGUCUGCCUAUUCGUUUUUAUCAGGCCCCAGCAUGCUCCUUUCAUCAGGGAUGUUGCAGUCGAUACCGUGAAGACGGGCAUGGGAGGCGCAACUGGAAAUAAGGGAGCAGUCGCAAUCCGCAUGUUAUUCCACACCACAAGCCUCUGCUUCGUCUGCAGCCACUUCGCUGCGGGCCAGUCACAGGUCAAAGAAAGGAAUGAAGACUUCGGUGAAAUAGCACGCAAACUGAGUUUCCCCAUGGGAAGGAUGCUAUUUUCUCAUGACUAUGUGUUUUGGUGUGGUGAUUUCAACUACCGAAUCGAUCUCCCAAAUGAAGAAGUAAAGGAGCUCAUAAGGCAGCAUAAUUGGGAUUCUCUUAUCGCAGGGGAUCAGCUUAUUAAUCAGAAAAAUGCUGGGCAGAUUUUUAGAGGCUUUUUAGAAGGCAAAGUAACCUUCGCUCCAACCUACAAAUAUGAUUUAUUUUCGGACGACUACGACACCAGUGAGAAGUGCCGCACCCCUGCCUGGACAGACCGGGUCCUCUGGAGGAGAAGGAAGUGGCCUUUCGAUAGAUCAGCUGAAGACUUAGAUCUUCUCAAUAGGAGCUUUCAGGAUGGAAGCAAAAUUCUCUACACGUGGACUCCCGGUAUACUGCUGCACUAUGGGCGAGCUGAGCUCAAGACCUCGGACCACAGGCCCGUCAUUGCCCUUAUCGAUAUUGAUAUAUUUGAAGUUGAAGCCGAAGAGAGGCAGAACAUUUACAAGGAAGUCAUUGCCGUGCAGGGCCCACCUGAUGGUACAGUGCUGGUCUCAAUCAAAAGCUCUUCACCAGAAAGUAAUUUUUUUGACGAUGCUUUGAUUGAUGAGCUUCUGCAGCAGUUUACAAAUUAUGGUGAAGUCAUACUCAUAAGAUUUGUAGAAGAUAAAAUGUGGGUUACGUUUUUGGAGGGAAGCUCUGCUUUGAGUGUUCUAAGCCUUAAUGGAACCCAGUUAUUGGGUCGCACAAUAGCUAUUACUUUAAAAAGUCCAGACUGGAUCAAAAAUCUGGAAGAAGAAAUGAGUCUAGAGAAGAUCAGUGUUCCACUGCCAUCUUCUACCAGUUCCACCCUGCUUGGUGAAGACGCUGAGCUCACAGCAGAUUUUGAUAUGGAAGGUGAUGUAGAUGACUACAGUGCUGAAGUGGAGGAAAUUCUUCCUCAGCAUCUCCAGCCCUCGUCCAGUUCUGGCCUUGGCACCUCUCCAAGUUCUUCACCCCGGACCAGCCCCUGCCAGUCCCCCACGAUAGGGGAGGGCCCCGUACCAUCCUUUCCCACAAGGCCAAGUCGAGCAUCAGCAAGAACCCCUGGGCACCCUUCACAUAGUUCUCCUGUUGACACCGGGUCAGGAACACAGCUGCAGCUGAAGGACUCUACCCAGACCUUGGAACCGAAACGGCCCCCUCCUCCCCGCCCAGUUGCUCCCCCUGCCCGACCUGCUCCUCCCCAGAGACCACCUCCGCCUUCAGGGGCUAGGAGUCCUGCACCUGCUAGAAAAGAAUUUGGAGGUGGCGGAGCCCCUCCCAGUCCCGGGGUAGCUAGGCGAGAGAUGGAAGCACCCAAAAGCCCUGGAGUGGCACGAAAAGAUAAUAUAGGACGAGGUCAGUCUUCCCCUCAAGCAGGACUUGCGGGCCCAGGACCUGCUGGAUACAGUGUGGCCAGACCGACUAUUCCACCCCGGGCUGGAGUGAUCAGCGCUCCCCAGAGCCAAGCUCGGGCAUCUGCGGGUCGACCCACUCUGGAAGGCCAAAGCAAAGCCUCAGAAGGGCCAAAAGGUUCAGCUUUUCUUCCUGAACCGCUGAAACCUCAGGCUGCCGCCCCUCAGCAGCCUACUCUUCCCCAACCUGCUCCUAAGAUGCAGGAACCCCUGGUCCCCACAGCCGCAGCACCGCCGCCCUCGGCUACCACGCCCGUCCUGGAGACACCCCCACAGCCGCCCCCUCGGAGCAGGUCCUCCCACAAUCUGCCUUCAGAACCUCCGUCGCAGCAGCAGCAGGAGCAACCUUCAGGGUAACAGGGGAAGAUAAACGGAGUGGCCGCCAUCCACAGUGACCCAUUUGGUGACCUGUCAUUUAACCUGCUCGCGGUAUCCAAUGCUCAGUUCUCUGUUCCAACAUCAUCUGCCCUCGCCCCUGGUCCCCGGGCCAUGAUUCCACCAGGUAACAUGAACACCUUGAGUUCUGCAAGUUGCAUGCUUCCAUUGCCUCCCAUCCCAGCCCGGAGCAAGUCCCAGGAACGCGUUCACACCUCCCCGGACUCUCUUGCUGCCGGCUUGUCCAGGACCAACCCCUUCGUGGACAGAUCUGCCACACCCGGAAACCCCUUCCGGGCAGAGUUUCAAGAGUUGGAGGCAACUGCGUGGUUCUCCCAAGAGGAGCUGCUGCCUAACAGGCCUUUCCCACCUCAGAACUCUCUUGGCUGUGGCCCUGGCCAGCCUGCCCCUUCCCUCGAGGGCUUUCAGGACAGUUUCAAGCCACCUGUCAAGCUGAGCAACCCCAAAGGCUGGGUGACCUUCGAGGAUGAAGAUGACUUUGGAGUGAAGGGAAAGCCCCAUUCAACUUCUCCAAAUCAUUGGGGAGGUACUCAACCCAGGUAGCCGGGAGGAUCCAACAUGACCUCUGGUGACGACUGGAGAGAAGGGACAAAGUUUUCAGUCGCCACUGGGAAGACCAUGGCCCCUCACCCCCGACCCGGCCCCCCACCCCUGACCCGGCUCCCCGCUGGCACCAGCAUGCCAGCCUCUCGGCAGGGAGAUGAAGGCCCCACAGAGCGCUCUGCUUCUUCGACUGGGCAGGCGCAGAGGAGGGGACUGGGCAUUAGAUGUUCACGAUGUGCAAUAAGUCUCUGUUCAGUGCACUGAUGUCACAAUACCACUAUUGAAUGUGUGCCGAGUUGCAAUAUGUAUGUAAUGGAAAUAGAGAUGAAACCUUCCUUCUCACCAGGAACUGGAGCUUUGGUUUGUUUCCAUAGAUAAGUCAGCAAGAGCAGUAGCCCUAAAAAAAAGUGCUCCAAACUACUUUAGAAAUUAGUUUAUUCAGAAAUUCUUUGUUGUCUUCUUUGAAAAUCUCAGAAAGCCCGACUAGCUAUCAUUCCUGCCAGCCCUUAGCAUUUCCUAACAAUUGGUACUUAUGAUAAUUUACCAAAGAGUCGUCACACUUAUACUGGGACAGAAUUUUGAAAGACAUUGCUGUAAAAAAGUGUAUCUACACACACGCACACGCUCAUGCAUGCACACAAGGAAUUCCUAAAGUUUGAACUAGAACUGGGGCCAAAUUCUUACUUAAAAGUUCUAACAAUUCAUUGUUGAGUGUUUCAUGACCAAAAGAAUAGCUGUAAAUGUAGUCAGUCAUCACAUUCAUUUUCCUUCCCAGACCACAACUAAUCACACCAUAGAACUAGAGUCUCCAGAUUCCCACAUUUCACACCAACAGUGACAUCCUCUGCCCGCCCACCCCUGUGCCUUUGUGCUUUGCUCUGGGAGGAGGUUUGGUCACUGCCAAAUGGCACAUUGGAAAUGAACACACCAAACCUUUCCAAAAAAGCACUUAGGUUUGUGGAAGACCCCACCCUCACCCUCAUUUCAGUGAGAAAUGCCAGAGCUGGAUGGACUCAUCUCUCCAAACAUAAAGGUAUCCGUUGGCCAUUUUGUCCCAUACUUUGGUCUUUGCUGCUUGUACUUGGGGACCUUGUUAACCACAUUCAGUGGUUGGGUUGGGCCCUCUCAGCCUCUCUUCCCCCGUAGGAGGCAACAUAACACAGCACCAAAGCUGUUUCCAAUUUCCUGAGUUUACAUCUGAGCUUAGCUGUGGCUCUAGUCUCCGGCAUUGCCAGUCUGCACAUGGUCCUGCUUCUGUUCAUUUGGUGAAAGAUUCAGGAUUUUUACAGAAUAGAAUAUUUUAGUAGCACCAGUUCAUCCAAACCAGAAAGUUCCAUGAAUGGGAGUUGCUUUGCUGUCAGGACCAGUUCAGACCGGCUGCACAUUGCUUUUUCUAUGAUGAAUCAUGACUGUCCACCUGAGUCCCUUUGCCUGCACUCACCAUGAAAGAUGUGCAGUGGGGUGGCUGAGAAAACAGAGUCCAUGGCUCAGAAUGUGUGAAAUGUCAAAGCACAGCAGACUGCAUUGCACUUAGCCCCUGAAGCAAAUCUAGUAGGAAAAGAAAUGCACUUUUAAAUGCUCCAAUGUUAUCAAAUGACUGUUUAGAGCAGUAAUUCUCUCUCUCUAUUUCUCUCUCUUUCUGUGAACAGCCUGUAUCCACCAUUAGAAAUCACUUUUGUGACUUUUCUAUUGUGCUUUUGGAGAUUUCGAUCAUUUCAGCGGUAGUAUAUCUUAAACAACAGUAUUACUUUAAGCAGUGUGCUUCCAACUGUGAACUAACCUGUCGAAACCGUGGCUUUACCAUCCAUGUGAUUAGAAUACAUGGUACUUGCUCCCCAUAAGCCAAGCGAGUCCCUCUCAGCGUCACUAGUGCCGAUAGCAGUUCUGUGACCAGUGUUUCCCAUUGCCGCUAAACUACUGUCUACAAUAUCAGAUCACAUAGCAGCGCGGCCCUUUUCAGGAACAGUACAAGUGGCACAUCACUAUGAGGACAUUCACGAAGAGAGUUGAAGGAAUGCUGCCAAUAACUAGCCAUUAUUCUGUGUAUUAUUCCAGUAUCUACCCGCUCUGUUGAAAGCAGAGCAGAAAUUAGACACUAAGGAUUUCUUUGUGAAUUACUUGUUCUCUAUAGUAGAUUUCUGUUUAUAUGUAAGAAUUUUAUUGCUGAUGUGAGAUCCACUAUUUAUAACUAUACCCUUUAUAGAAGUACAGUAUGAAAGUCAGUGGUAUACAAACAUUCUGUACAGACAUAUCCUGUGAAAUGUGCCGUCACGUGAAAUAAAUAUAUCCGUCUUUACCA